AUGUAUUGGCUCGCACAAGCAUUUCUGGCCAUCGGCUUGGUCCAGGCCCAAACGUACCCAACCACAACGAACCCUACCAACAGUUCGAGCCCUUUGAACAAUGCAGAGAGUCCACCAUUCUAUCCCAGUCCAUGGAUUGAAGGAACUGGGGAUUGGGCUGAAGCUUAUGCUAAGGCCCAAGCCUUUGUUCGUCAAUUGACCCUCCUUGAGAAGGUUAACCUCACAACCGGUACUGGCUGGCAGAGCGACAACUGUGUCGGUAACGUAGGCGAGAUCCCGCGCUUGGGCUUCAAGGCUCUUUGUAUGCAGGACAGCCCUGUAGGCGUUCGCUUCGCCGACUACGUCUCUGCCUUCCCCGCAGGUGGCACCGUUGCUGCAUCAUGGGAUCGCAGCGAGUUUUACCGUCGAGGAUACCAAAUGGGUCAGGAGCACCGCAGCAAGGGUGUUGAUGUUCAGCUCGGUCCCGUCGUUGGCCCAAUUGGGCGCAACCCCAAGGGUGGUCGCAACUGGGAGGGCUUUUCCCCAGACCCAUACCUGUCUGGUCAUGCUGUCGCCGAGACCGUUCGUGGUAUCCAGGAUGCUGGUGUCAUUGCUUGCACCAAGCACUACAUUCUGAACGAACAGGAGCACUUCCGCUCGCCAGGAAACUUCCAGGACCAGGGCUUUGUUGAUGCUAUCAGCUCCAAUGUCGAUGACAAGACUCUGCAUGAGCUGUACCUCUGGCCGUUCGCCGAUGCUGUACGCGCUGGCACAGGCUCGAUCAUGUGUUCUUACAACAAGGCGAACAACUCUCAGGUUUGUCAAAACUCGUACCUGCAAAACUACAUCUUAAAGGGCGAGCUUGGCUUCCAGGGUUUCAUCAUGUCUGACUGGGACGCUCAACACAGCGGUGUCUCCUCCACCCAGGCAGGUCUCGAUAUGACCAUGCCCGGAGAUACCGACUUCAACUCUGGAUUCUCUUUUUGGGGAACCAACCUGACCAUCUCCGUGCUCAAUGGCACCAUUCCUCAAUGGCGAAUCGACGACGCUGCGACACGUAUCAUGGCCGCAUACUACUACGUUGGUCGCGACCAGGACAAUACCACUACCAACUUCAACAGCUGGACUCGUGAUACCUACAGCUACCGCAACUUCUACGGCAAGGCUGAUUACGAGCUUGUCAACCAGCACGUCGAUGUCCGUGGUGAGCACUUCCGUUCUAUCCGUUCAUCCGCUGCCAAGUCAACCGUCUUGUUGAAGAACAACGGAGUCCUCCCCCUCUCCGGCAACGAGAAGUGGACUGCAGUCUUCGGUAACGAUGCUGGCGAUAACGCGUACGGACCCAACGGCUGCGCCGACCGUGGCUGUGACGACGGAACUCUCGCCAUGGGCUGGGGUUCAGGCACAUCUGAGUUCCCGUACCUUGUUACUCCUCUCGAUGCUAUCAAGCGUGAGGUUGGUGACAACGGUGGUGUUGUGACCUCUGUCACCGACAACUGGGCCUACGCUCAGAUUCAGGCUAUGGCCGCCCAGGCCAGCAUUGCCAUCGUCUUCGUCAAUGCUGACUCGGGUGAGGGCUACAUCACGGUCGACACGAACUUUGGCGACCGCAACAAUCUCACCAUUUGGCAGGACGGCGACAUUCUGAUUCAGAACGUGUCAGCGCUUUGCAACAACACCAUUGUGGUGAUCCACUCUGUUGGCCCUGUUUUGGUGAACUCAUUCUACGAGUCCGAGAACGUCACAGCCAUCUUGUGGGCUGGUCUCCCUGGCCAGGAAUCUGGCAACGCCAUUGCCGACAUUCUUUACGGCCGCGUCAACCCCGGUGGCAAGCUGCCUUUUACAUUCGGCACUUCCGCUGAAGAGUAUGGCCCGGAUCUAAUCUACACCCCCAUUGCCGGCAACGACUCUGUUCAAGACAACUUCGAGGAGGGUGUCUUCAUCGACUACCGCGCCUUUGACCAGAAGAACGUUACACCUGUCUACGAGUUCGGGUUUGGCUUGUCCUACACUACCUUCUCGUACGCCAAUCUUGCGGUCCAAAAGCACGACGCUGGCGCUUACACGCCAACAACGGGCCAAACGAUUGCCGCUCCUACGUUGGGCAACUUCAGCACAGACCUGAACGAGUACCAGUGGCCUGCCAACCUGACCCGCGAGGGUACCUUCAUCUACCCGUACCUGAACAGCACCGACUUGGCCGAAGCCUCGUUCGACCCCGAGUACGGCCUGAACUACACAUGGCCCGCCGGCUCGUCCGACGGUUCGCCUCAGCCACGCAUCGCCGCCGGCGGUGCACCUGGUGGAAACCCGCAGCUGUGGGACGUGCUCUUCAGCGUCAGCGCCUCCAUCACCAACAACGGCACGCUCUCUGGUGACGAGGUCGUGCAGCUCUAUCUCAGCCUUGGCGGACCCGAGGACCCCGUUGUCGUCCUCCGCGGUUUCGACAGGUUGAACAUCAAGCCCAACCAGACUGUUACCUUCCGCGCCGACAUCACCCGUCGCGAUGUAUCCAACUGGGAGACUGAGACGCAAAACUGGGUCAUCACCGAGCAUCCCAAGAAGAUCUACGUCGGUGCUUCGUCGAGGAAGCUCUAUCUUGAGGCCGACCUUGAUCUGUCUGACUACCAGUCAUGA